CAACGUAUGCGAAAGUAAUUGCGAAGGCAAUCAAAACACCGGAAGUCGUUACCCCCGACCCGAUGCCCCCAGGUAGUCGUCGUCGGCUCCGCCGAUAUCGCGGUCCGAACCGAGGGGGGAAAAAAAGAAAAGAAGAGGGAAACGCGCGGAACGACGAUUACGGCAUAAUUACAGCCGCCUCAAGUUCGUUGUGACAUUGAACGUGAAUUAGCGAACGUCCACUCCGAUGUGUAGGGACUUCCCUGUAAGAGCGUGUGCGUUCGGUGCACGUACACGAGACCGUUGGGAGUGUGCGUUAUGAAUGUAAGCGAGGCGGUAACCGUUGGAGCUAAGCCGCUGCUGCAAUGACGAGUGUACGCCGAUAUAAUAUCCGCCGUCCUCCACUGUCCGUCCUUUACCGCGAACUUUCAACGCGACAACACGAAACUGAAGUCUGUAGGGGAAUAACCGACCUCAUUUUGUUGCCGCGAUUGGAAGAUGCUCGGGGACGACCUCCCACAUUAAUCGACCUACCGAGCGACGUGCCUCUCGUAGAUAUAGGCAAACGUGCCGCAUACUUUUCAUGUUAUUUGUAAUCGUGUCGUAGCACUGCGCGCACACGAGCCGCGUGAGAGCGUCCGCGAAAUUCAUUGAAACAACAAAUAAACGAGGGAAUAAAAAGUUUCGCGGGGGAUCGUCGAGCGAUUAAUAAAAAUCAGUGAACGUAUAGAAGAAGAAAAAAAAAUAAAAUAAAAUAAAACAAACAAACCCAGGAGACGUCUGGAAAUCUUCGGUCCGUAUAUAAAAUGGUAAACAUAAAGUCGGGCAUGCAUUCUUCGAAGGUAAAGGAACUUAAGGGCGAUGGUCUGAAGAUCGAUAUGGAUUUCAACGGCCUCGAAUUGAAGGUAUCCGGGGACGGAUGCCACCUGACGAUCGCUAAGAAUUGCGGAUUGAUCCGGGUCGUUGGGGACGGUUGUUCGGUGAAAGUGAACUUGAACGACGGUAAAAUCGAGUACAAGGGCGACGGCGGAAGAAUCUAUCUCGGUCCAGGAUCUCGGAGCGAAUCCGUGAGCUACGAAGGCGACGGGGGGAGGGUCACCCUCAAGGAGAAGAAGAUCAGGCAAGAGAAGAGCGCUCUUGGAUCGGAAAAAUCCCGCUGCUGCGACCGGAUUUCUCAUUCGGACGUCGGGGGCGGAGACGCGGGGCUGGAAAACAGAGAGAACGACGUCAACGAGCGACGGGCUGCGGCGAAGGAGAAGAGGAAGGAAGAAUCGUCGGGGCGGUUGAGACGCGACAAGACGAUCAUUUUAACGAAAAUAUCCGCCGACGAUGUCCCGACGCUCACCACCGUUAAUAAUAAUUUGAUAAACAACUGGUUCAGAAAUCCACACUCGGUUAUGAAAUCCUUCAAAUCCGGCUCGUCCGAUUCGCUUUGACGGAAAUUGGAUAGGAUUAAUUUUCUGCGCCUAUAGAAAAUAGCCGAUAUAGAUCAAUUGUAAUUUAAUUCAUAGCGUAGGGAAGACGGAAAAUGUAUCUAGAAAAUGUAUUUAUCGUAAACGGGCGUGAUUAUGUUAUGAGCUGUACGGGAAAGAACCGUCUCAUUCGACGCUCGGGUGAUUCGAUCGAACGAUCGUUGGAAAAAUAAAGAAUUACCGCAUCGGGCAGCCUAGACCAAACACGCGCUGGUAAUCCCAUAUUUGGUACGACCUUCGAAUGUCAAAUUCAGCGAGUUUCGCCGUGCGAAAUGAAACUCUGACAAUAACGACUAGGAGCCAAAUAAGGAGAGAAGAAAUCCGCGCCACAUUUCCUACACAAAUUAAACGUGUAUAUCUACAAUUGUAAUUUAUUACACUAUACUUCUAAUUAUCAUUUCAAUGGAUGUACGUACAAAGUCUGAUUCUAUAUGUAUACGUAUAGAAAUCCGUGGACACCAACCAACAGUAUUAAAAUGAAUUUUACCCUAAAA